CCUUCCUGGGGAACAUCUCACUCACACCCAGGCCUGGUGGCUGUGGUGUUUGUAUAAAAACUCCCAAGCAUGAGCCGGGUGCUGGCAAAGUGUGGAACAGAGCUGAUUUCUGGCCUCUUGCAGACGGAGGAAAGUACCAUCCUGCAGAUGGAGAAGAACCUGCGCACGUGUGUGGAGGUCCUGCAGAAGCAGAAGCGGGACCGUAAGCAGGAGCUGAAGGCCCUGCAGGAGCAGGACCGGGCCCUGUGUGACAUCCUGUGCACAGCCCUGUUCUCCAUCGACACCAGCAGCGUGCCCAGCCUGGACGACCUGGACCGCUACCGGCGCCACGUGGCCUCCCUCAACACCCUGAAGGAGCAAAGGCGGGAAGAAUUUGUCAGCAACAAGCGUCAGAUCGUUCUGCUCAUGGAGGAGCUGGACCACACCCCGGACACCAGCUUUGAGCGGGACGUGGUGUGUGAGGAUGAGGAGGCGUUCUGCCUGUCUGAGGACAACAUCAUGGCCCUCCAGAACCUGCUGCAGCAGGGACCGGGCUGGAGGCGGGAGCAUCAGUAA